UGCCAUAAUCUUUAUGGAAACUUAGAAUAUUGACACUAAAUAUUCUAAGGGCCCCUCUUAUAAAAAAUAAAAUAAUUCUUCGGCCGCAGUUGUUAAUGCUAUAUCUGCUUUUUGUGGAACUUUGUCUUCUUUCCGCGAAAAGAACCAUAUCCUGGAAAAAAUAGAUACCUCGACACUCGUCAGUGUAUUCAGUAAUAGUAUUCUGUGAAUCUGUGAUCUAUCCUAUAAAAAAAACUAAUUGCUAAAUUUAAUUUUAGUAAAAUAUAUUUAAAGUUUGAUUUGAUGAUACGUAGGAUAUUUCUUUUUAUAAGUAUUCAAUUAUUAUUUUGCAUCUAACUUCUUAUAUACAAAACUAUUUUUGUGUAGAUAAUUAAUACUUAAAAGUUUAUAAUGGGAGAAGUAACUCUUGAAACAAUUGCCUAUGCUAAACUUAUGCUUCACGCUGCAAAGUAUUCCCAAUGUGCUGUGAAUGGUAUUUUAUUAGCAGAUGAAAAUAAAUUAAAGGAAGCAUCCAAAAAUCAAGACUUGGAUAUUGUUGAUGCAAUACCGCUAUUUCAUCAUAGCCACUAUUUAUCGCCUAUGGCUGAAGUUGCACUAACCCAAAUAGAAGCAAUAGCUCAAUCUCGGAACCGUGUUAUUGCUGGAUAUUAUGCAGCAUGUGAGAACUUCAAGGAUACUACAAUUGAGAAGUGCCCAGGGCAAAAAAUUGCUGAAAAGAUUGCAGAAUACUUUCCUUCUGCUGUUUUUAUUGUGGUUGACAACAAAAGAUUUACAAUGCAUUUAGAUUCGGCAGCUAUUAAGAUGUACAGAUAUAAUGAAGGCAAAUGGAAAGCUGUGGAUACAAAUAAAAUUAUAUUUGAGAAUACCUUUGCAUUGGAGACAGUCUCACAUCUUAUGCAGCGGAAUGUAUGCAGUGAUCUCAUUGAUUUUGACAACUACUUGGAUGAUCUGUCACAAGAUUGGAACAAUGUGUGCAUUGAGAAACUUGUUGCCAGUAUUAACUCUGUUAAUGAUGAAGAUUAUCAGUCAUAAUAUAGCUAAACAGUGAACUAAGAUACCUGUUUUUAUAACAGGUUUCAAGUAGGUAUCAUUCCAUAUAUGAUUGUCAUGCAAUACAAAAUGGUCUUAAAACAGAUUUUAUUAAAAUACAACCCAUGUAUUAGUACAAAAAAAAAACAAGUUGAAUGCAAGACAGUGGCACCCACAAAGGGUUCUUUACCAUAAUACAAAUAAAUAACAGUAUGUACUUUGAAAUACAUUUUAAAAAUUACCGUCUUGGUUUUUUAUGAUUCAUUUAACUAGCUCAUUAGUAAUCCUGACUGGUUUAUACAAUGACAUUCUAUACUCAUAUACAGACAUAUCAUUCACACUUUACCUGUGGGAGGCUCCUUUGCACAGGAAGUAUAAAUUAUAUAAAUAUUAUGGGUACCACAAAUGCACCUAUUUCUGCUGUGAAGCAGUAAUGUGUAAACAUUACUGUGUUUCGGUCUGAAGGGUGCUUGCUGUAGCUAAUGAAAUUACUGGGCAAAUGAGGCUUAACAUCUUAUGUCUCAAGGUGACGAGCGCAAUUGUAGUGACACUCAGAAUUUUUGAGUUUUUCAAGAAUCUUGAGCAGCACUGUAUUGUAAUGGGUAGGGCGUAUCAAUUACCAUCAGCUGAAUGUCCUGCUCGUCUUGUACCUUAUUUUCAUAAAUUAAUUACAGUCUGAUAGCAGAACAGCUUGAAAGACAAUGUUGCUUCCACUGUCUUUCAAGCUGUAACACUCUCUUUAGAUUUAUUGUAUUUGAAACAACUGGAGUAAAUAAGGCAAUGUAUAGAUAUAGCAGUCAAAGCUUAUUAUGAUGUAAUAUGUGGUAUCUUCCAUAUUUUGGCUUUGUUUUUAAACAACAUGAUUUAUCUAUAUGUAUAUAAUGUCAUUGGCUAAAUAACAUAUAUUACAAAUGGACAGCAGAGUCUUAGUCAUUGGAUUCCCAUCCAUUACCAGUCCAGGUACAUAUAUAAAACCUGAAUAAAUGAAGAAUCAAAAAGAUUGUUUAACUUGGUUCCAAAAAAAGGAAUAAUUUGAAAGUCUUGUUUGUUUGCUGAGACAUUGAGACUGGAAAUCUCAGAGUUAACAUACCACUUACAUAUUGUAUUUAAAUUAGUGCAAGAAUCACACAAUGUGAGUAGAUAAUGUAUUCUAUUUAUUACUAUAAAGCAUUUAUAGAUAGGUGAAAGUAUGUAAUGGUAUAUAUUAUAUUUAUUGUGAAUUAUGUUAAAUAUGUGAAUAAAGUGCAAUAAAAUUAA